CAUCUGAAAGGAUUUGGAAAAGAAGUGGCAUCCAGAUACUGCUGGAUGUUUGACUGCUCUGCAUUCCUGCUUUGAAGGCUUGUUCCUCUGAACCUGCCCUCAUUGCUAUUCCAAAUCAACUAAAUGACUUGUCCCUGUCUACCAGGUGAUUAUGAAGCAUGGGGAGUUAUGGACAUUUAACACAUACUCUGGCACAACUCCUGGAGAAGUUCAGCUGUCCUGCAGUUUCCAUCAGUGAUCUUAAGGCAGCAUAGCAGUACAGGAUGUCAAAGUGUGAUGCUGUUUUGCUGGCUCAACUGAAGAGGCACAUUGCAGACCUUCUGAUGUCCUCUUUUUGGCAGCUGCUGUGCUGCUCCUUGUAACCAGCUCCUCCUUGCUGUGAGAGCCCCUGAAGUCAGUUUGAUUAAAAGGAAAGGGUGAUCAUGAGAUGGCUCCCUGCGGAUUGCAAGGGUUAGGAAGUGAUCACAGGAACACAGCUGUCUGAUCUGUCACCAACAGCAGGGAACAGAGUUGCUGCAGGCAGUGAACUUUUCAGCCAGCGUAAAUGCUGCUGGGAAGGGGAUGUCCCCGAAAGCCUGCAACAAGAGGAUGGAUAUUAACCUCGCCCACUGAAAUAGCAUUAGUUUCACAAGAGCUGGAAAUGGUAAGCAGCGCUUGAGAGAGAUGAGACUCUGAAAGAAGUGGGGAAAAUAGCAACUUUUCCUGCUUUACAGGUGAAAGAUUGUCUGAGACCAGGAUGAAAAUAGAUGGAAACCUUACGCACAGAUGAAAGGCUUGAAAUGAAAUACAUUAUGCAUGAGACUAGCAGUUGGAAUCUGAGAGCCACUUGGAGGUUUUCAGAUGCCUGGGUUGGUAGGAAAUGUGUUCUUUCAGGAAAAAGCCUUCAUUAAAGGAGUUCUUCAUUAAAGAAGAUUAAAAAGUAAUAUUUCUUCUUAAACCAACAUUGAUAAGAGGCUCAAUACUCAAAAAAAUGAUGGGACAAUGAAAACAGCAGAGAUUCAGGUACCAUUGCAGAACUGCUUGAGGAGGAGGGACGCUGGCCUAUUAAAUCAGUUACAAGAGCUGGAUAAGCAAAUAAGUGAUCUCCGCCUGGACGUGGAAAAAACAACAGAUGAACACCUUGAGACAGACAGUCGUCCAAGUUCAGGGUUUUAUGAGCUGAGUGAUGGAGCUUCUGGAUCUCUCUCCAAUUCAUCUAACUCUGUCUUCAGUGAGUGUUUAUCCAGUUGCCAUUCUAGCACUUGCUUUUGCAGCCCUUUGGAGGCAACACUGCAUAUCUCAGAUGGACGGCCUAAAUCUGCAGAUCUCAUAGGCUGGAUGGACUAUAAUAAGGAAGGCCAGAAUGAGGACCAGCCUGCAGGCUCUGUCUGUUGCUCUUUAUCCACACCGCACUCAAAUUCCCUCGAUGUCGUUGCAGAUGUGCAUCCGAAGUACCAGUGUGAUUUGGUGUCUAAAAACGGGAGCGACGUCUACCGGUACCCCAGCCCCCUCCAUGCGGUAGCUGUGCAGAGUCCCAUGUUUCUUCUGCCCGUGACUGAAAACCCCCAGCGAGAAGAGGAGAGGUUUGAUUGUGAUAUUAGCGACAUUUGUGCCGGAUCUGAAACAGACUCCGGAAAAUCCGCCAAUGCCUUUCUCUCACAGAGCUCCUGGCCAGUGCCAUGCCCUUCCACCAGCAAGAGGAUAGACAGUUACAUCUUAAGCCUGGUUCAGAAAAAGACUCAUGCGGUAAGGACUAACAAACCCAGGACAAGUCUCAACGCCGAUCCCACCAAAGGGAUCUUGAGGCAUGGAAGCAUGUGCGUCAGGCAGCCUGCCGGGCUGGUGCCUCAUGGUAACAUCAUGAACCUGAAGAGCUCCAAGCAAGCAGGUUUGUCUUCUGGUGGGAGCACUGCUGUGGACCACACUGCACCUUCCCCAUUAAAGCAGAGGCCGAAGGAGCUGGCUGGUGAGCAGCUGGAGAGUAGGAAGGCACCUUUGCCAGCAUCUUUCCUUCCUGGCACAACAAGUGAACUUCAGAGCAAGCACCUACCACGGGGCGUCAAACCGGCACCUCCAGAGCACAACCGCAACGCAGUGGCCCCGGCCGGGGAUGUCCCUAAGGAGAAUGGCCAGGUCUUUGCAGCAUCUCCCAAAGAGAGCCCAGGGAAGCCUGUGGUGCUGCAGCCAGAGAACAGGAUCAGCCAGCCUCCCAAAAAAGUCCUGCUGAAGAGCAGCUUGCAGGCACCUCGCUCCUCAUCACCUGCUGCUGAGGAGAGGCCGGCGCUUGAUUUCAAAAGCGAGGGCUCUUCCUCCCAGAGCCUGGAUGAUGGGUUGCUGGUGAACGCCCAGUAUAUCCCGGCCCAGCAGCAAAGCAUGAAGCUUCACAAAGGCACCCGAAAUGUCAAGAUUUUGAAAAGCUCCACGCUGAAACACAGACCCCACCUUGCCAAUGGGCUGGAAAAUGGUUCUCAGACCUUGAGGGAGAAAACCAAGCCAGUGGGCAAGAAGUGCCGCUUUCCUGAGGAGUUGGAUACAAAUAAGAAACUGAAAAAGCCCUCCUCGAGGGGGAAGAGAGGCAGUGGCUUGCAGCCGGAGUCAGGUCUACAGAGUCGGCAGGCUGGUCUGCACAGAUCUGCCGUCCGAUCUCAUGGGCAUGGCCGAGAGGUUGUGGUGGCCAAGCCUAAACACAAGCGGGCUGACUACCGCCGGUGGAAGUCAUCGGCGGAGAUUUCCUAUGAGGAGGCCCUGCGGAGGGCGAGGAGGAACCGUCGGGAUGGUGUGGGGGUCUACUCACAAGUUCCCCUGCCCUACGUCAGCCCAUACGCUUACGUGGCCAGCGACUCGGAGUACUCAGCAGAGUGUGAGUCCUUGUUCCACUCCACCGUGGUGGACACGAGUGAGGAUGAGCAGAGCAACUACACAACAAACUGCUUUGGAGACAGUGAGUCAAGCCUGAGUGAGGUGGAGUUUGUAGGCGAGAGCACAACCACCAGUGACUCUGAUGAGAGCGGGGGCCUCAUUUGGUCUCAGUUUGUCCAGACACUCCCCAUCCAAACUGUCACAGCGCCAGAGCUGCAUGAAAAUGCAGCAAAAGCCUUUGUUAAAAUCAAAGCCUCACAUAACCUCAAGAAGAAAAUCCUCCGCUUUCGGUCGGGCUCCCUGAAGCUCAUGACAACUGUCUAGUGAAGGUGACUUGGUGGAAUGUAUCUGCUUCUGCUUUCUGAAGCAAGGUGCUUUUGUGUAUAUAUUUCCACAGAUUUUUCUCCUUUUUUUUUUUAUAUACAAAUAUUUAAAACUUAAGGUAAAUUAUGU